AUGCCCCGCCGCUCUGUGCGGGCCGCGUUGCUGCCAGCGGCUUCCGCCCUGGCGGCCGCCCUGCUGUGGCCCUCGGGCGGCGGCCGCGCGCGGGCCCCGCACGGCCGCGGGUGCUUCGCCGCGCGAGCCGACCCGCCCCCCCAGGCGCUCGCCAGCCUUGAUGACUCGACGGGCUUCAGGGGCAUCCGCACCGUCAGCCCGGAGUGGGACAAGCCCGGCCGCCGCGGCUCGUGGGAACCGCCGCAGGGUGAGGAGUUCUCCCUGGAGCAUGUCCCCGCAUCGGAGCGGGACGCGGUCGAGAUGAUCGACGGCGCCGGCCCGCUCGCCGCCUGGCCGACGGUGUCGCAGGCGUUGUCCGCCCUGCCUCGGAGGCCGUCCGCCGCGGCGUUCGACAGGGCCAUGGAUGCCGCGCUGCAAAGCGGGAGGCCAGAGCAGGGCGUCAAGAUCUAUAAUAAGAUGGCCGACCUGGGCGUGGAAAAGAGCGCCAUCAGCUAG